ACACAAAAUGUUCACCUGAAUGGGUCUUUAAAGGAAGGAAAGGAACUCCCUUGUGAAAACACUUCAGGGUAAUUCUGAAUUAGAAAGAAAAAACACCUAAUAAAUUGUUUUAAAUGAUUUUUUUAUGGGGUCUGACAAUGAAACAAAGUACAUUUUUGUAGCAAUAAAAAUGUAUAGUAACGUUUACACUACAGUGUUUUAGUAACUGUUUACGUUUAUUUUCAAAAUUAGGAUACAACAAUAUCAAUACUUUUUAGGCCUUAUCUUUGCAUUAGACAAAAAAAUAAAAUAAAAGAAACCACUUAAUUAAUGUUUUUCUUGAUUUAUUUUUCAAAGCUGCUGACACAGAAUUCUCUAGAAACACUUAUUUUUCUACAUGUUUUUCUUUGAGGUAUUAGUCAUCUUCAGCAAGUAUUUAUCAAAUUAAAAGCAGUGUUUAAACAAAGCAAAGCCAAACAGGUUUUUUUUAGGUUCCUGUAUUUGUUUUAAUAUUAUAUACUAAAUUGUCUGCAGUAAUUUGUCUGCUCAGAAUGUUGAAUUUUGAAAAGGGUAUUUUGGUGUUUUUAGGUGCAGGAAGUUUUGAAAUCCCUGUUUUGUGUCUCCUGGUCCAUGGAGAACCCAAAAUUUUAAAGAGAAUGUACAAAGGCAUUGCCAACUCUACGCCGUGGCUGAUCCUCGCAGGCUCUGGAGGCGUGGCUGACAUCCUUGUCACACUGAUGAAUAGGGGCUGCUGGGACACAGACAGCGUUCAUGAGCUCCUGCUGGACACCUUUCCUAAUGCCCACCACAGUGCAGACAUCAGUAACUGGGUCAAGCUGAUUCAGAAGAUACUCGAUCAUGGGCAUCUCCUCACCGUCCAUGACCCCGAACAGGAGACGUCCGAGCUGGAUACCGUCAUUCUCAAAGCUCUCGUCAAAGCUUGUAAAAGCCAAAGUCAGGAAGCUCAAGAUUUCCUGGAUGAACUGAAGCUGGCCGUGGCGUGGAACAGAGUGGACAUUGCCAAGAGUGACAUCUUUAAUGGGGAUGUGGAGUGGAAGGCCUGUGACCUUGAAGAAGUGAUGAUGGAUGCUUUGAUCAAUGACAAACCAGACUUUGUCCGUCUCUUUGUGGAUAAUGGCGUGAACCUGGGCGAGUUCCUGACCUACGGUCGUCUGCAGGAGCUUUACUGGUCGGUGUCAGAGAAGAGCCUCCUUCACAACCUGCUUCUCAAAAAGUACGAUGAGAAACAACUCCUGCUGGGAGCGGCCAGAACACCAGGUCCUCCUGGACACUAUCCUUCAGAGCAAGGAAAGCCUCGCUUCACUCUCUUUGAGGUCGCCAAAGUGCUCAAAGACUUCCUUCACGACUCCUGUAAAGGCUUCUACCAGAAAGUUCCCACUGAAAAACCACCAAAAGGUCGGCUUUUCCAAAGCCAAAAGAACCUGCCGGAGUUAGAGGAGCUCUGCGAACAUCCUUGGCGGGAUCUCUUCCUCUGGGCUGUCCUUCAGAACCGGCAGCAGAUGGCCAACUACUUCUGGGCAAUGGGCCCCGAGGCAGUAGCGGCAGCGCUGGCAGGUUGUAAGAUUCUGAAAGAGAUGGCACGCCUGGAAUCUGAGGCAGAGUCUGCGCGCAGCAUGAAGGAAGCCAAGUAUGAGCAGUUUGCCCUUGAUGUCUUCGGAGAGUGUUACUCCAACAGUGAAGACAGGGCUUAUGCUUUGCUCGUGAGGAGAACUCACUGCUGGAGCAAAUCUACGGUACUCAACUUGGCAACUGAGGCAGAUGCCAAAUCCUUCUUUGCCCACGAUGGAGUUCAGGCUCUCCUCACAAAGAUCUGGUGGGGCGCCAUGACGACAGAUACAGCCAUUUCCAAACUUGUGGUGUCCUUCUUCUGUCCUCCACUCAUCUGGACCAACCUCAUCAAGUUCAGUGACGAGGAACUGGAUAAUCGCAGCAGCAACAAGCAGUUUGUGGAGCUGGACAGUUUGGACACAGAAAAGGCUUUAAUGCUCACAGAUGACGACGACCCCCUAGACUCUUCUCCUGGAGGUCAAGCAUCCCAGAGCUGCGCCUCCGUGUGGUGGCGCUUCUUUCUCCGCCGCUGGCGCCGUUUCUGGAGCGCUCCUGUCACCGUGUUCCUCGGCAACGUCAUCAUGUAUUUCGCGUUUCUCUUCCUCUUCACCUACGUCCUUCUUUUGGACUUCAAAGCGCCUCCCCAAGGUCCCGGAGUUCCAGAGAUAAUGCUUUACUUCUGGGUCUUCACCUUGGUGCUGGAAGAAAUUCGGCAGAGCUUCUUCACUGAUGAGGAAAUGAACAUCAUAAAGAAGUUCAAGCUCUAUGUGGAGGACAACUGGAACAAGUGUGACAUGGUGGCCAUCUUACUUUUUGUGGUUGGAGUUUCUUGCAGAAUGGCAGCUGGCACCUAUGAGGCGGGAAGGACCGUUCUGGCUAUAGAUUUCAUGGUAUUCACCCUACGUCUGAUCCACAUCUUCGCCAUUCAUAAGCAGCUGGGACCCAAGAUCAUCAUUGUGGAGAGAAUGAUGAAGGACGUUUUCUUCUUCCUCUUCUUCCUGAGUGUGUGGCUCAUCGCUUACGGAGUGGCCACCCAGGCGCUUCUCCACCCCAACGAUCCCAGGAUUGACUGGGUGUUUCGCAGAGCUUUGUACCGUCCCUAUCUGCACAUAUUUGGUCAAAUACCCUUGGAGGAAAUAGAUGCUGCCCGAAUGCCUAAAAUUAACUGCACCGAUGACUCAAAUGAAAUAGUCAUGGGACUGCUGCCGCCGUGCCCUAAUAUCUAUGCAAACUGGCUGGUUAUUCUGCUGCUGGUCAUCUUCCUACUUGUCACCAACGUCCUACUUCUCAACCUCCUUAUCGCCAUGUUCAGCUACACCUUUCAGGUAGUUCAGGGCAACACCGAUAUCUUCUGGAAGUUUCAGAGAUACAACUUGAUCGUAGAGUACUACAGCCGUCCAGCUUUGGCGCCACCCUUCAUCAUCAUUAGCCACCUGUCCCAGCUCUUCCUCAGCCUCCUCAAACGGCCUGAACCCAAGCAAGAACAUCUUGAGAGAGAGAUGCCAGCAGGACUAGACCAGAGGCUAAUAACAUGGGAGACGGUGCAAAAAGAGAACUACCUCGCUAAACUGGAGCGCCAGCACUGGGAGAGCAGCGAAGAGAGGCUCAAGAGUACUUCGUCAAAGUAAACCUUUCCGUUGUUCCACACAUACAAAAAAGAAAAUCUCCUGUUGGAUUUUCUUCAUAUGGAGUGUUUUGUAACCAGUGAUGCUAAGCUGACACCAGGCAUGUGACCCGUGUUGAAGAACACACUAAGAAUUCACAAAUUCUUAAACACAUUUUCAGCAUACGGUGUUCACAUUGGACAAGCAGAGAGGGGCUUAUUCUUCUUUGCCUUUUCUAUUGCUUACUGGCACAUAUCUGCCACCUACAGUUGGAGGAGGCUUGGUGGGAAAUGUCGAAGUGGUGCAAAAUCUGGUGGAUCUCGCUCCAGGCUUUUUCUACCAAAUAGUCCCUGAUUAGUCGAUCUGGUUUCACUUUCAAUGUGCGUUCAAUACGUUUUUCACAUAGAGCAUAAAACCAGUCUUAAUAAAUACGUGUAGCUAUGUGAGAAUGCAAGAGUUUUGAGCGCGGACGUCACAUUUACGUAGACCUUUCUUUGGAAGUGGUCGCUUAAAUGAGCGUUCCUGUGAAUGUAGCUUAAAACAUGCCAUGUAACAGUUUGUAAGUCAUUUGUUAGAAGGUAAAGACUUUAAGAUUGAGGAUGAAGUUAAUCGAGUUUUAACUGCAAUCAAGGGUCCAGAGUUUGCUGAAGAUUAUUGGUGGAUAUAAAGACCAAGAGAAGCGACUGGGAUCCAUGGAAGCUCAAGUAAACCACAUUUUUAAAUUUCUGCUCAGAGGUCUGAA